CAUACACUAAUAGCUGCUGUCCCGCUUCUUUUCUCUUCCACUCGCGCAUACCAGAAACAAAUCUUCCUGCACUUUCUUGCAUUCUGAUCCUUUGCAUUGCUUUUAGCAUUGAAGAUUUGACUUGCACCAUCACUUUACUUCAGAAUUAACACAGGAAAAAGGGUUCCAGCCAAGCCUUCUUUUUUGGUACUAAACUGGAAGUGGGUUUUGAGUUCUGGUGAUGAAUGGAUAGAGAAAAAAAGUAAAAAUAAGGAGAUGAGGGCGGUGGAGCUAGCUGUGGAGAUCAUUUUUCUAGGCUGCAUUCUGCUACGGGGGCCAAGCUUCACCAGUGCAGACACAGAUCCAAAUGAUGUUGCUGCUCUUUUGGACCUGUAUAGAAAUUUGAGUUGCCCACCCCAGCUGACCAAUUGGAAACCAAAUGGUGGUGAUGCUUGUGAAGAAAAUUGGAAAGGCAUUACCUGCUCUGGCUCAAGAGUAACAGCAAUAAAUCUAGCUAGUGAUGGCUUCAGUGGUAGCCUUCCCUACUCCAUCUCACAGAUGACUUCCCUUAAGUACAUAAAUGUUAGUCACAACAAAUUUCAUGGCCAUCUAAGAGAUAUGUUUGCAUCUCUUACAAGUCUAUUCAUUCUGGAUCUCUCUUUUAAUGUGAUGUCAGGUGAUCUUCCUAAAAGUUUCAGUUUAUGCUCCAAUUUGACUUUUAUGGAUUUACAGAACAAUCAGUUUACGGGUACCAUUGAUGUCCUUGCCAAUCUCCCUCUUAAAUAUUUGAACAUUGAGAACAACCAUUUCAGUGGCAAGAUUCCUGACCGAUUGAAAGGCAUAAAUCUGCAAAUAGGCGGUACCUCUGGUCCUGCACCUGGUGCUAGCAGACCUAAUGGCUUCGGUAUUGGAGGUAUUUUAGCAACUGUGAUUUUCCUUUCAGUCGUGGGAGCCAUGAUAGCAUUUUUUAUCAUGAAAAGGAGAUCAAGGAAGCCAUCCACGGUGAUAGAAAAUUACCCUGUUUUUCCACUUGCUUCGCAUGAAGAACAAGAGAUGAAGUCUAUUCAAUCUUCUUCCACAACUCGCUUAGAGCCUCCACCUAUUGAUGAUCAGAAAUUAGUUGAUGAAGAUGAUACAUCAGUGAUCAUCUAGUAUUGAAUUAGUUACAGUUACUGAAUUUAGGAGAUUAGCCAAAAAUGAAACUGAUGGUUCAAAAGAAAGCAUGUAUCUAGUAUUCAAACAAUUACAGAAAGGAACCGAGGCAAAUUUCAUUUACGGAUCA